GCGAGACUUGUUUCGACGGCUUUCCGGUUUGCUAUUCGCGUAAAGCAGCAAGAGCUUGUAUUCGUUAAAACUGUUUUUUCGGGGGGGAAAUUAACUAAUUGGGAUUUUAAUAAUUAUUGUAUUAAUUGAACCAGGAGCAGUCACACAGAGAUGUCGGAGGAACUGAUGAAACAGCUGAGCAGCUACAAAGCCCAGCUGCAGCAGGUAGAGGUGGCCUUAUCCACCGACGAGGACAAUGAAGACCUGCUCAAGCUGCAGAAGGACCUGCAGGAAGUCAUUGAUCUUACAAAAGAUCUUCUGACAUCACAGCCCACUGAUGGGACUUCUGAUACCACUGGGUCAGACGUGGCUCCGGUGAAGCACAGCUGGAAAGUGGGAGACAGGUGUAUGGCUGUGUGGAGUCAGGAUGGCCAGGUGUACGAGGCUGAGAUCGAGGAGAUAGACCGGGAGAACGACACUGCAGCCAUUACCUUCAGUGAAUAUGGAAAUGCUGAAGUGCUUCCUCUGCAAAACCUGAAAGCUGCAGAGGAGGGAAACUAUUCUAAUGAGGAUGGGAAACCAAAAUCAAGGAAAGAGAAAAUAGCAGAGCAGCGAGAGUAUAAAAAGAAGAAAGCCCAGAAAAAGGUAGCGCGGAUGAAGGAGCUGGAGCAAGAGAGGGAAGAGCAAAAGUCAAAGUGGCAACAGUUCAACAACAAAGCUUACUCAAAGAACAAGAAAGGACAGGUGAAGAGGAGCAUAUUUGCAUCUCCAGAAAGUGUAAACGGGAAGGUUGGCGUGGGAACAUGCGGUAUUGCAGACAAACCUAUGACGCAGUACAAUGACACGUCCAAAUACAACGUCAGACAUCUAAUGCCACAGUGAUCUAAUAUAUUCUGUACAUAAUAAUCCACUGUAUACUAGCUGUAUCAGUGCUUUCCAUUGUGUUUAUACAUGAUUUAAAUUUCUCAAGUAAAAAAAAAACUUUCAAUUGAAUUGCCUGCAUACCCGUGUUUAAAAUAUUGCUGUAGUUUUCUUAUAUUUUAUGUAGAUAAAACAUCAGAAAUCCCUCAUGGACAUGGUCACCUGUUGUGUAAGAAGAGGAAGUGGGGUAAGAAGAGGAAGUGGUGUUACAGAAAAUUUGUCAAGUUUGUUAUUUGUGGCCAUAUUUUACUGGGGCAAAAUAUCUACCGAGAUAUGUACAAAUGUUCACAUGUAGGUUUAGGGUGUAUAUUUGAGGCUGGAUUUUUAAACAGACCAAUUAUAGCGAAACCUGAACAAUAAUAAUGGUGUUGAUUUAAAAUGGCUGAACUUCCGUUUUAAUUUCUGUGUAUACAUAACAGUCAAAUAAACAGUGUUUUGUUUUCAGUUUUUAACCA